AUGAAUGGUACAAGUAUAUUAUUUAGAGCAGGGCUUGCUGGGACGGGCAGCCAUCCGCUCUCCCCCUUCCCGCUCCGCUUCAUUUCUUCAUCGCUCACGCGCGCCACACCGACGGAGCGCAGUAAUGGUGGCGCCAGCGUUCAGAUCGAUUCUCCAGCGCCGCGGGUCCACGUGGAGGGCAGAGUGGCGGAGUUCGAGGGCGCGCUCAACUACCACGUGCCCUCGCUUUACAGGAACCACCCCGAGCGAUCCGCUCUCAAAAUUCACCCGCUGGACUUCCCCCUGGAUCUCCCUCGCUUACCCAACAUAAUGAUGGGGUACUUCGAACACCUAACCCGCCAACCUCCACCAUCGGAACCCCAGGGCGCUUCUCUCCUUCUCGCCUGCCACGGCCCGCCCUGCCUCUCCUUCGGCGCCUGCUCGGCGCGCUUCCCCAACGUGCAGGCCUGCUGGAACCCCCACCUGGUUGACGAACCCGAGGACACGCCCAUCCCCCCUAUAAACUGCCCCUUUAAGGGCACCAGCGGCGGGGAGAGUGGGAGAGGGGAGUUUGACCCGGAGUGCUCCCAUCGGGAGGACUUCACACCACACGGGGGUUCGGCGCUGCAGGUGAUGCGGCUGGAGGACGUGUUUGUGACGGACAACGGCUUUGCUGUCAACCUCUAUUGA